GAAACAUUCUAGGUAUAUAACGUGUAUUUGUAACCGUCCCAAUUGCAUAUUCUGUCGGUGCUAACUAGUGUUUGGUGGUACUGCGAAUUGUGUGAAUACGCAGUAGGUACCAUUGUAAAUCAAGUACCAUUGAGUUAACGAAUUGGACAAAUAACAAGGGUACAUAAACCGAACAUGUAAAUUGGUGAAUUUUAAUUCAACAGGACAAUCAUAUUGUACGGAAUUAGGUACUAAUUAAUGCUCUUAAAAAAUGACCAAGAAAAAAAUAGAACUCGUCACGACGGAUUUCAAAUCCACGACGCAAUUAACCAACAAUGAUUUGAUGACAAUCCAAGAUGGCUACAAUCCGUACCAAAAUAGGAAUUUAUCGCAUCCGAAUACGUUCACCGGAGCCUUGAUACACAUUCUAAAAGGCUCAUUGGGCACCGGACUAUUGGCAGUACCGAGGGCGUUCAUGAAUUCCGGCCUUUUGAUAGGAACAGUGGGCACGAUAGUGAUCGGAUUCAUCUGCACGUACACGAUCCAUCUGUUGGUUUCAGCUUCGAAGAAGCUGUGCGUCGAUCUGAAGCUGCCCAGCCUGGGAUUCGCCGAAACGGCCGAGGCGGUCUUCGAAAACGGACCCGGGGCGUUGAAAAAAUGGUCCAAGGAAGCCAAGUUGUUUGUAGAUGUUUCCCUGACUUUAACCCAUUUCGUAGGCAACGCAGUCUAUGUAGUUUUCAUAUCAGAAUCCAUGGCAAAGUUGAUAGGCGCCUACCAUCCGCCCGCCCAGCACUGGGGCCAGUACUUCAAGCUGGUCAUUCUGGUCCUGCUGAUAGUGUUCUGCCAGAUCAGGGAGCUCAAGCACCUGGUGCCCUUUUCGUUCGUCGCCAACGUCACCAUGACGCUCGCCUUGGUCAUCACCGGCUACUACAUGGUCAUCGACAUGGUGAAGGUGGAUCCCAGCGAACGGGCUUUGGCCACCGGCCUUUUCGGAUUGCCGUCUUUCUUCUGCACGGUGCUGUUCGCUAUGGAGGGCAUCGGGACGAUCAUGCCGGUGGAGAAUUCCAUGGAUCAGGAUAAAUUCAUCGGGUGUCCUGGAGUUUUAAACGUAGCCAUGUCGUGCGUGGUCAUCUUCUACACAGUGAUAGGAUUCUGCGGGUACUACGCCUUCGGUGACAAAACCAACGCGGUGAUUACCCAGAAUCUACCCAGCGGUGAAAUAUUGGCGCAGGUGGUGCAAGCCGCCAUAUCGUUGGCGAUAUUCUUCACGUUUAUGCUGCAAUACUAUGUGCCGAUAGACAUCACCUGGAGGCGGAUAGCGCCCCACGUGCCGCCCGAGCGGCACGACCUGGUGCAGAUCGGCUGGCGGACGCUGACGGUGACGUUCAUCGUGGGGGUGGCGGCGGCGGCGGGGGACCACCUGGGGCCCCUGAUCGACCUGAUGGGGGCGGUGUUCUUCUCCACGUUGGGCUUGUUCGUGCCGAGUUUGCUGGAUAUCUUGGUGCAUUGGAAGGACUGGGGGGCGCAUAAUUGGGUGUUGGUCAGGGAUUUGAUGUUGAUCGUGUUCUAUUUGUUCGGAUUGGUGUUCGGUACAUAUUUUGCCGUGAUGAAUUUCUUCGAAUGAAGGCGAUUGAAUGGCUGGAAUCGAUUCUGUCCCGGUGGAAAUUUGGUUGUAAUCGUUUCGAUGGAUUCUCAUUAUGAAUUACGUUUGUUUUAUUUUGUGUUCAAGUAAUCUGUGCGAGUAUUAAUGUAUAUAUAAAAAAGUAAUAAUUUAAUAUAUUAUUAACGUUUUUACUUUUUUUUCUUACUCAUUUAGAUUAUAAAUAACUGUUAAAGUAUAUUU